GGGAAUAGUUUUCGAGUCAUAAACCAAAAUGAAAGCCAAGUGGAGGUCUCAUUCAAAAGACCAUGGGAUCCUUCCGACGAUUCAGGGCCUCGUUUAAGCGUCGACAAGAGGUUCAUAAUGUUGCGUGGCUCCUCAGGGUUCUAUGCAUAUGCCAUAUAUGAACGCUUACAAGGAUGGCAUGGCACAUCUCUAUGGCAAACCAGACUUGUUUUCAAGCUUCAAGAAGACCUGUUUGACUACAUGGCCAUCUCGGACACCAGACAAAGGGUGAUGCCAACGGCUGAAGAUCGUGCAAGGGGUAAGCCCCUUGCCUACCCGGAAGCUGUUCUGCUAACGAACCCAUCCAAUCCUGACCUCAAAGGAGAGGUGGACGACAAAUACCAAUACGCUUCUGAUAGCAAAGACAAUAAGGUACAUGGGUGGAUCAGCCAGAAAUCUGGAGUAGGGUUCUGGAUUAUCACGCCCAGUGAUGAAUUCCGAAUUUCUGGACCUCUCAAGCAAGAGCUCACCUCUCAUGCUGGCCCUGUCUCCCUUUCUGUGUUUACGAGUUCUCAUUACGUUGGGAAGCCUGAAGAAGAAAUAUUUAAAGACGGGGAAGCAUGGAAAAAGGUUUUUGGUCCUAUUUUCAUUUAUCUGAACUCGGUUUCAAACAAAAAAGAGGCCCUUUCACUCUGGAACGACGCCAAACAACAGAUGUUGAAAGAAGUUGACAGCUGGCCAUAUAGCUUCCCACUCUCACAGGACUUCCCCAAGUCUCAUCAACGCGGAUCUGUCCAGGGUCGUUUACUAGUCCUGGACAAAUACAUCAACCAAGCACCUACACCGGCAAGCCUUGCUUACGUGGGAUUGAGUCUACCUGGUGAAGCAGGAUCAUGGCAAACAGAGACCAAGGGUUAUCAGUUUUGGACACAAGCUGACAAGGAGGGGACUUUCUCCAUUAGAGCUGUCCGAGCCGGAACCUACAAUUUGUUCGCCUGGGUUCCUGGUAUCAUGGGGGAUUACAAAUAUGAUGCCAUUAUUACCAUCAAACCAGGAAAUAAAAUCAAACUGGGGAAUAUUGUAUUUGAGCCUCCAAGACAUGGACCUACACUCUGGGAAAUCGGCAUCCCAGACCGGACGGCUGCUGAAUUCUUCGUGCCCGACGUCGACCCAAAAUUUAUUAACAAACUAUAUGUCAAACAAGACAAGUUCCGGCAAUACGGAUUAUGGGACCGGUAUGCAGAUAUAUAUCCAAACCAGGAUCUCGUGUACACUGUGGGUAAAAGCGAUUACCGAAAAGAUUGGUUCUUUGCUCAUGUGAACAGGCACGUGACCGAUGACACAUUCCUAGGAACCACAUGGCAGAUUGUAUUUGAUCUUCCAGUUGUGGACAUGGCCGCCACUUACAAAUUUCGAUUGGUGUUGGCAGGAGCAAGUCUGGCUCAAUUGCAGGUUCGGCUCAACGACCCGAAUGCGACACGGCCACUUCUAUCAACAGAACUAAUAGGGAGGGAGAACCUGAUAGCUAGACAUGGGAUUCAUGGGCUACUACGGUCGUAUACGGCAGAUAUACCCGGGUUCCUCUUUGUUGAAGGUUGCAAUACAAUCUAUUUGACUCAGACGCGAGCCUCAAACUCUUUCCAGGGAGUCAUGUAUGACUACAUCCGUUUGGAGGGUCCUCCCCAGUAGGAGAUUAAUCACCUUUUUUUUUUUUUUUCAGUCCAGUUUCCCCAUCGUGGCUUGGAACGGUUGCUUUGUAUAAUGUGGAUUGGAUAAUUUUUU